GAAUAACAGGUUGUCGGCCAAGUGGGAUACGAAAAUAAAGAGGAUGCCAACAAGCAUUAGGGUUAGUUGCUCUCCGCUGCAACCGAUUGCUAGUUGCUUUUGUGGACAGGCACCAAGCAGUGCACACCUUUACGAACUGGGAUUUUGCAGAUAGCCCCAAAAAUCGAAUUGACAAUAGCAUUUUGCUAGCUAUACUUACUGUUGUCGGAAUCUCCCCCGGAAAGUGCAUUGAAGUGUUGAAUUCCUAAACACGUUCCAUUCUUCCUGGAACUUAGGAGAACUUACAUAACUCACAGCUCCCAACAAAAAUGAGUAGCUCCGUUUCUGCCAUUCUCUCCAUUCUUUUUAUUUCCGCUACUUUGGUCUCUGCGCGCAUUCAUCAGACGUCAGACUCCAUUAUUAUCGAAGUCGAACCGAAAUCGGGAGAACGAAAAGAGCGCUACAUCGAUACUGCGGGGAAAUUCUUCCCGUUUUUUCUUCCGGCGGUUGACGACACCCUUUUGAAGAAUGUCAUGGUCAAGUACCAAUCCAUUGGCGUGCCGGCCAAUACCUUCCUGGUGAAAGAGCAGCCCGAUCAGUGCUGGAUGCCGGACGGCAAAUCCGGUCUCUGCGGUCCCGUUCGCUCUUGCCAUCCGCACGACGAGCUCCAGGAGCCUCUCAACCCGGAAUCCAGAAUGCUUCCGCCUCGAACCCUAUGUGGUUACGUCAACAAGAAUGGCAAACAGGACACCGGUGUGUGCUGCCCAAGGGCAACGCCGGACUUAAAUGGAUGGAACCCUUGGAUGCACCAUCCGUUCUUCCCGCCAAUCGCCUUGUAUAACGUCCCAGCAGCUUUGCCGGCUGCUACUUGGCCUUGGUGGGUUCCCGAUGUCAAGCCGACCACCGAAUCGCCCAGCAAGACCAGUCCUUGGUGGGUCCCCGAAACAACAACGACAGCCGCACCUUUUAGCACUUCGAGUCCUUGGUGGGUCCCAGACGACUCGACGACGACCAGCCCUUGGUGGGUCCCUGAAACGCCAUCGACAACACCAUCGCCUCCUUCCAGCUCGUCGUCGACGACAACGUCUCGGCCCAGCACGUCGACGACGACGACAACGUCUCUGCCCAGCACGACGAGUCCUUGGUGGGUCCCGGAAGUCACUUCAACUACUACUGCGUCGCCUUCCAGUACGACCAGUCCCUGGUGGGUCCCUGAGACUUCGUCGACAACAAAAUCGCCUCCUUCCAGCACUCUGUUGGUGACGCAAUCGUCGUCAACGACCACAAUUCGGCCCAGCACGACGAGUCCUUGGUGGGUCCCUGAAGCCUCAUCGACAACGAAAUCGCCUCCUAGUUCUCCGUCAACGACAACGUCUAAACCCAGCACGACUAGCCCUUGGUGGGUUGCUGAAACUCCUAGCACUACCGCCAGACCGGCAGUUACGUCAACCUUAAAGUCGCCCAGCGGAACUCCCAGCACGACUGCCAGCUCAGGCGGAUCUGGUUUUCGAUGUGGCACUGGACCCAUCAGGGUUCUCCAUACGGACGAUACGCAAAGAAUCGUUGGCGGAAUAACUUCCGUCAAAAAUGCUUGGCCUUUUGCCGUAUCAUUAAUGGCUAAAGGUCGUCAUUUCUGCGGAGGUUCGCUGCUGGACAAUCAACACAUUUUGACUGCGGCUCAUUGCGUAGCAACGUUGUCUUCGAACGAAGUAGCCGGAGUGGAAGUGAUACUCGGUCUCCACACUCUCAAGCCCAUGGAUGCGCAGGUGGUGCGGAGGAAACUCCGUCGCGUCGUACGGCACAAGGGUUACCAUGCGGCCAAUUUCUUCAAUGACAUCGCCAUUCUGAAAAUGGACUCGCCAGUCAAGUUCAGUAGCACAAUUUCACCCGUUUGCCUUCCCUCUGACGGCACUCGGGACCUUUACGUGAACAAAGAUGCCGUCGUUGUUGGGUGGGGUGCUCUGCAAGAAGAUGGUAAAUUACUGCCCAUAUCGCUGCAGGAAGUGACAGUUAAAGUGCAGACGAAUGCCGAGUGUCAAAAAAGCUACCAACAAGAUGCACCAGGUGGCAUAAACAACGACAUGCUUUGCGCGGCAUAUCCAAAAAAAGAUUCCUGCAUGGGUGACAGCGGUGGCCCUUUAGUUAUUCAAACAUCCCCCGGCUCUCCUUGGAUCCAAGUUGGUAUUGUCAGCUGGGGAAUAGGAUGCGGACGGGCAGAGUUUCCCGGCGUGUAUGUGAGGACCACUUCUUUCCUUGAAUGGAUCCAAAAGAAUUUGGAAUUUAAAAAGUGAAGAGACUACCAAAUAGCGAGUGGUAGCCGUUUAACAAAAUCUGGAUCUAUAUAGCAUGGAAGCCGCAGUGUACAAGUUGAUGCGUCAAAUGUGAAGCCAAUCACUGGUUUAAUCACAUCAGUGUGUUAUUUCGUUAUUUUAAUUUAAAUGGGUCGGAUGUUAUUUGAAUUUUAUUUACUUCGUCAACUUCUUCAAGGAAUUAUACAUUAAUCAGAAAUUUUAA